AUGUCGGACCUUGCUGCCCUGGCAGCAGCUCUACCGAAAUGCGCCACAGCUUGCCUUGUUACGGCAAUAUACGAAUCUACCUGUGCCAUUACGAACUCGACAUGUGUAUGCCAUGAUGAAGAGCUCAACAAUAAAGCAACCGCUUGCAUCACCGAGAGCUGUACUGUUCGAGAAGGCCUUUUUACCAAAAACCUGACAAGUACAUCAUGUGGUAUCGCUCCGCACGUGGAUCACUCCUAUAUCACUCCGGGCAUCGUCUUCAUCACUCUCUCGGCAAUUUCCCUCGGCUUGCGCAUAGCAGCAAGAAUUCAAGCCAAGCUUCCCGUGUGGUGGGACGAUUUCAUAAUUACACUGUCUUUUGUUCGUUGA